AUACCCCUUCUCGUCGAAAAAAAUGGCGACCGACAACGAGUGGCACCGCGGACGUGUCUGGAGCCCCCAAGACCACGGCGACGACCGCAACAACGCCCUCGGGUUCCUCGAGCAAGAGGAUAGGAGUGAUGGCUGGAGGAAGAAGAUGUCAUCCUGGCUGAGAGGCUGCUCGUCAAGUACUAGCAGCAGCAGCGACGACGAGCCCGAGCUCCCUCCCCAUCUGCAGGUGCGGCUAGGCGGGCCCGUGGUGUCGUCGUCGCGCCGCCGCGGGUCGGCGCCCUCGCCCAAGCCCGAGACCCGCGGCGCCGAGUCCAGCGCCCUCGCCGCCGCCGCGCGCGCCUCCCUCCUCGGCAGCUGCCACGGCUUCGUCCCCGCUGGCGGCGGCCGCCUCGCCGACGUCGGGGAGGGGCGGCCUCUCGUGGGCUGGAGCCUACGCAGCGGCGGCGGCGGCGGCGGCCGUCGGCGGUGGCGGCUCGAAAAGAAGAAGGGACGGCACCACGGGAAGGGGCGGCACGAGCACGCUAGGGAUCCGUCGCCGCAGCCGGCGUCGGGAGACGGCGAAGGACCUGGGCAGGAGGACAGCAAGCCUCUACCGCCGACGCUGUCUGAGACUGGCAAGUUCGAUUACAUGGACGGGGACGGCGACGUGAGUGACGCGGGCGACGCGAAGUCGCCGCUGUCCGAGACCAGCACGUUCUAUAUCGAAGAGGACAGUGACGGGGAUAGCGACGCGGGCGACGACGAUGCCUCUCCCUGGAUAUCGCCGUGUGCCUCGGCCAGGCUGAGGCAGUGUGGCAGCCCCGCGUACCGCACCACAUCUCCCCUCCAGCCCGACGAGGAUGAGCAGCAGUGGGAGCAGGGCACACACCUGAAACACGGCGCGGGAGCCGACGCGGAGAAAGAAAGCGACGGCUUCGUGCUCGACCAAGGAGCAACAACAACUCCCUUCCGGCUGCGCCGGGAGGGGCGGGAUGACUGGGCGGCUCUGAUGAGCGGCGUGGGAGCCGGCGGCGCCCCGGAAGAGGGCCGCCACCGCGGCUGCACGAUGACGAGGACCAAGACCCCAGACUGGGCCCCGUCCCGGCCACUGACCAGGCGCGGCCGGCCGCCCGUGACGGCGGCGACGGCGCUCGGGAGCAACCCCUUUAGGCCCAGGACCUUUGACGACCCUCGCGAAAUCGAGGGCCUCGUCAGUAGUGGAGCUCGGGGCAACGAGAGGUCGAGGUGCCCCAGCCCCGACCCGGCGGCCGUCGCUGCUGCGUGCUUCUUCCUGGACGUCGGCGGCGAGGUCGCCGGAGGCCCCUGCCAGAGUCCAAGCCCCAGGGCAGAGGCGCCCACGUAUGCCUACGACGGCGGCGACUGGGGCAACUACUGGGCUGGCCCAGACAUGCAGUUUGGCAGAAGAGACAGCGGCUUUGCAAGCCGCGUGCCUAGUGCUCUCUGCUAGAGCGGGAGCCCCUGCGCGGACAGAGGCGAAGCACGAUAUACAAGGCUGCUUCGACUAUGGGCAUUGUUACUAAGACGUUAAACAUCUUCGGGC